ACUUACCACAAUUUUAAGCAUUGAAACAUAUUCUAGAUCAUAACUGCCUCUAAACUUGGAAAGCGAGCUGUGCAUUAUCUUGUCUUGACAACUAUGAGGCAAAUUCGAUUCUUGCACGAACGAUUUUCAAAUGAACACCAACGCCGAUAUUUUACAGAUAAAUCAAACGAAGUUACAAUUCCAAACAAGAACAAUAUGCUUACCAAAAACAAAUCACUGCCAUCUUAAACAAGAGAUGGAAUUGUCAGGAAUAAGAAAUCUGUCUUACAUUCAGCAAAUAAUUAAUGUGGUAGAAAAGGAACUUGCUCAGUUUUUCAUUAAACAAUGGAACUCUCGUUACAAAUCAACUGAUGGAGAAUGGGAUGAUACCAAAAAUAGUGGCAAAAAAUUUUGCACUUUAGAAUCGGGUAGGAAGUUGGAUAAAGAACUACAGUUAAAAUAUCAAGAUGGAGACACCAGUAAGUGGGGCUGUACGAUAUUAUUUGACGCGAUAAUUUUUUCAAAUUCAAUUGGAAAGCAUCUUGACACAAAAACAAAGGAUGCUGUUCAUGCACUUCGUUGUGAACGAAACAAGUACGCACAUUGGUAUGAAAGGGAAUGCUCAGAUGAUGAUUUUGAUGAAAUAGUCAAUACCAUUGAAAAAUCAUUUCAAGAUUUGGAAUUUUCUCUCGAUGAAAUCAUUGAAAUAAAAAAUCAUCGAAGAUGUUUUAAUUCGUUCUAUGUUCUACCUUCAAAACCUAAUCAUUUUUUCGUUGAACGCACUGAAUUACGAGAUAAAAUUAUAAAAGAUCUUGAAAAAUUAAGGAAUGAUAACAAUGAUAAACUUACAUAUUUCUACAUUUCUGGUAAUCCAGGCAGUGAUGGAAAAAAUAAGGAAUCUCUUUUAAAAACUUACUAUGAACUUGAAUACCGUUUAAACUGUGACAAACAUAAGAUCAAACAAUGUGAAAAUGAAAUCUGUUCCAUCACAGACAAAGUGAAGAAUUUGCGAUCGUUAGUAUCCACACGAUUAAAAUUCUGGCAAAAUUGGUUGAUCAUUGUAGGCAAAGUGGUACAGCUCAGAAAAAUUUCUUCACUGCUUCCCCAAGUAGGUGAUCCAAUGUGGAGAAAUGGACAAAUCAUAGUAACUAUCCAGAACACAGAUGCCGUACCUCAGGACGAUGAGUUUAACAAACAUAUUUCUAUCAGAAGUGGAAUGAAUGAUAGGGAAUGUUUUCAACUGUUGAAGCACUACACUAUUGAAAAUGCUAAUGAUCAAUUGUUGAAUGAAGUAUCUCACGCAUUAGAUCGUCAACCGCUGGCUUUGGCUGCUGCUGGUGAUUAUGUCAGUCGGGCUCUGGAAAUUCGAAAGCAAUCAUUAGGUCCAAAUCAUGUUGAUGUCGCUGCGUCUUUAAACAAUCUUGGUAAUGUGCUUAAAAAAACUAGAAACUACGACAAGGCUAAAGAGGUUCACGAAAAAGCUCUGGAAAUUCGAAAACAAGCGUUAGGUCAAAAUCAUGUUGACGUUGCUCAGUCUUUAAACAAUCUUGGUAUUGUGUAUUAUGACACUGGGAACUACGACAAAACUAUAAAAGCUCACGAAAAAGCUCUGCAAAUUCGAAAGCAAUUGUUAGGUCCAAAUCAUGUUGACGUCGCUGCGUCUUUAAACGGAAACUACGACAAAGCUAUAGAGUUUUACGAAAAAGCUCUAGAAACUCGAAAACAAUCGUUAGGUCCAAAUCAUGUUGAAGUUGCUGAUACAUUAAACAAUCUUGGUUUGGUGUUUAAUAAAACUGGAAACUACGAUAAAGCAAUAGAGGUUCACGAAAAAGCUCUGAAAAUUCGAAAACGAUCGUUAGGCUUUAACCAUGUUGAUGUCGCAGCGUCUUUAUACAAUCUUGGUAUUGUGCUUAAUAAAACUGGAAACUACGAGAAAGCUAUAGAGGUUCACGAAAAAGCUCUAGGAAUUCGAAAACAAUCGUUAGGUGUAAAUCAUGUUGACGUCGCUCCAUCUUUAAACAACCUUGGUUUGGUGUAUUUUGAAACUGGAAACUACAACAAAGCUAUAGAAGUUCACAAAAAACGAAAAUUAAACCAACAUCGAGAAUCUGUUAAGAAUCACAUCACACAAACAGAUGCCAAAUACAUUGACGAAACCAUCAAAGAAACAACAAACGCGUAUCGAACAAAACGACACAACGAACUCCAACGAAAACUACAAAAAUCGAGAUCAUUUAAGGAAAUUAACACCGACACGCAUUCAUGGGUCAAGAACAUAUCAAGCAAACCACUCACCGUACAGCCGACUAAAAUUUUAAGCAAAGGCUUAAAUUACAACAUCAAAGACGCCAACAAACUAGACUUCGUUGCCGAUCUAGAAUCCACACUGAAAUUCACCAACUUAAGUGAUGAAAUCAAAGAAGACAUUCGCCACAAAGUAACAACAAACCUCUGCCUCAAAAGACCAGUCACGCUUAACAACGAAGAACAAAAAGCCAUCAGAAACUUACGAAACAACGAAGACAUAGUCAUACUACCAGCCGACAAAGGACGCAAAACUGUAAUCAUGGACAAAUCAGACUACAUCAACAAAGCGAAGACCCUCUUACAAGACACCAACACGUAUGAACCUCUACAAACAGACCCCAAUAAAACCACUACCAACCACAUCAACAAGAAAUUAAAACAACUAAAGGCAAAAAGAAACUUAACGAAACCGUUUACAAAAGAAUCCCACCCAACGACUCCUCCACCGCCAAAUUCUAUGGACUACCAAAGAUUCACAAAGAAAGCAACUCGCUACGACCAAUCGUAUCUCUUCCUGGAUCUCCCACGUAUGAACUAUCAAAAUAUCUUUCUAAUAUUCUGCACCCACUAG